AUUUCUAGGUUUACAUGUAUGCCAUUGCACCAAGAGGUAGAGAAAGUGUGGACAACAUCAUGGAACUGAGAGAGUCUCCAUCUUCCAGUCAAUUUUGUGUCAGGCUAUCAGCAUCCCUUGUUGUUUCAAGUAAUAUGCUGGAUCAUGCCAAUGAAUUAUCACCCUCAUUGAAAGAAAGUGCCAAUAUUAACGCUGUUUGGGCAUCGCUUAUUGUUGAAGAAUGCACAAGACUUGGUUUGAUGUAUUUUUGUAUUGCUCCUGGAUCUAGAUCUUCCCCACUUGCUGUUGCUGCUGCAAGUCACAAAUUAAUCACAUGUAUUUCAUGCUUUGAUGAGCGUUCACUUGCAUUUCAUGCUGUUGGAUAUGGAAGAGGAUCUCACAUUCCAGCAGUAAUCAUAACAUCAUCAGGCACUGCAGUUUCCAACCUUCUUCCUGCUGUUGUGGAGGCAAGUCAAGAUUUUGUGCCACUUAUUUUGCUUACAGCAGAUCGACCUCCAGAGCUUCUAGAUUGUGGGGCAAACCAAGCAAUUGAUCAGGUGAACCAUUUUGGUUCUUUUGUGAGAUUUUUCUUUAAUCUUCCUGCACCCACAGAUCAAAUUCCUGCAAAGAUGGUACUUACCACUCUUGAUUCUGCUGUACAUUGGGCAAUUUCUUCACCACGUGGUCCAGUGCAUAUUAACUGCCCUUUUAGAGAGCCUUUGGAAAGCAGUCCCCGCAAAUGGUUGUCAAGCUAUUUAACGGGGUUAGACUUCUGGAUGACUAAUGCUGAACCAUUUACCAAGUAUAUUCAUAUGCAGUUGUCUCAUAGUUGUAUAAAUGCUCCUGGUGAAAUGACUGAAAUUCUAAAUCUGAUUCUAAGAGCCAACAAUAGUCUUCUAUUAUUUGGCGCAAUCCAUACAGAGGAUGAGAUGUGGGCUGCUCUGCUUUUGGCUAAACACCUUCAGUGGCCUGUUGUAGCAGAUAUCUUGUCAGGGUUGCGGCUAAGAAAGCUUUUAACUUCGUUUCCUGAUAUUGAAAGAAACUUUAUAUUUGUUGAUAAUCUUGAUCAUGCUCUUCUCUCAGAUUCUGUCAAGGGCUGGUUAGAGAUUGAUGUGGUUAUUCAGAUAGGAAGCAGAAUAACUAGCAAAAGAAUCUGCCAAAUUCUUGAGGACUGUGCUCCUUUUUCAUAUAUUAUGGUCGACAAGCAUCCACAUCGUCAUGAUCCAUCACAUAUUGUUACUCAUCGGAUACAAACUUCCAUUUUUGAAUUUGUGGGCUGUGUACUUAAAGCUGCAGUUCCACCUACAAGUAGCACGUGGAGCACUUCCCUACAAUUGUUGAAUAAAAUGGUUGAGUGGGAGAUAAAAUUUCAAAUUACUGCUGAGUGCUCCCUAACUGAACCUUAUGUUGCACAUCUGAUGUCAGAAGCACUUUCCACCGAGUCUGCACUUUUUCUUGGUAACAGUAUGCCUAUUCGGGAUGCAAACUUAUAUGGAUGUAGUUGGUCUAUAAGCAAUCAAAGUGUUUCACCACUGAUGUUAAACUCAGACCUACCAAUUCACUUGAUGAGGGUGGCUGCUAACAGGGGGGCUAGUGGUAUUGAUGGGUUACUUAGCACAGCCAUUGGUUUUUCUGUAGGAUGCAACAAAAAGGUGUUGUGUGUAAUUGGAGACAUUUCUUUAUUGCAUGAUACAAACGGUCUGGCAAUUCUGAAUCAGCGGAAAUUGCGGAAACCAAUGACGAUUCUUGUGGUUAAUAAUCAUGGAGGAGCAAUUUUCAGUAUUCUUCCUUUGGCAGAUAAAGUUGAACCUUGUAUAAUGCAUCAAUAUUUCUACACAUCUCAUAACAUUUCGAUCCAAGAACUAUGCAUGGCACAUAGAAUCAAACAUUUACAUGUGAAGACAAAAGCAGAACUAAAAGAAGCUUUGUGGGUAGCUCAACAUGAACAGAUGGACUAUGUGGUCGAAAUUGAGAGUUCUAUUGAUGCCAAUGCCAGUUUCCACAGCAUUUUGAAACAAUAUGCACUACAAACUGCUCAACACACCAUGAGAUUCCUCUCGUGGAUUUUUAGUAAGGGCUCUAUAAAGGACGAGUUCUGUUUAUACAAAAUCUGUAAAAUACAGUGUUCUAAAUAUAGAAUUGCACUUGUUGCUCCACCAACAUCAGCAUCUGUUGGUGAUAGUUGUAAGGAGUUCUAUAGAGAAGGAUUUAUUUUAUCUUUAGUUCUUGAAGAUGGAAGUGUUGGUUAUGGUGAGGUUGCACCUAUUGACAUCCACACAGAAGAUCUGGUAGAUGCAGAAUAUCAACUCAGGUUUCUUAUUCAUGCUAUGGAGCAGGUUGAUAUUAGUUGCUUCCUCUCUCUAUUGAAGGGUUCAUUUUCAUAUUGGAUAUGGCAUGAUUUAGGCAUCUUGCCAUCUUCUAUUUUUCCAAGUGUCAGAUGUGGUUUGGAAAUGGCUAUCCUCAAUGCCAUUGCUGAUGCAAAAGGCUCCAAUAUGCUCAACAUACUUCAUCCCCCAAUAAAUGAGAACAAUAAAUGUGAAAGGUCAUUAAAUGUUCAGAUUUGUGCGCUAAUUGAUUCAAAUGGAUCUCCAACUGAAGUUGCUAAUGUUGCUGCCACACUAAUUGAGGAAGGAUUUUCUGCAAUUAAGCUGAAGGUAGCACGGGGUGGUGAUCCAAUGCAUGAUGCAGCAAUCAUACAAGAAGUGAGAAAGAAAGUUGGUUGCCAGAUUAACAUCCGUGCAGAUGCUAAUCGAGGUUGGACUUAUGAAGAAGCUAUGAAAUUCAGCUCUUUGGUUAUGGAUUGUAACCUACAGUAUAUUGAGGAGCCUGUUCAGAAUGAAGAUGAUAUUCUCAAGUUUUGCAAUGAAAGCGGGUUACCUGUUGCCUUAGAUGAAACCAUAGAUAACAUUCAAGAAAAUCCCUUGGAAAAGCUUGUGAAGUUUACUCAUCCAGCAAUAACUGCUGUUGUUAUUAAACCAAGUGUUGUUGGUGGGUUUGAGAAUGCAGCUCUAAUUGCGCAAUGGGCUCAACAGAUGGGGAAGCUGGCUGUUGUAAGUGCUGCAUUUGAAAGCAGUUUGAGUCUGUCUGCAUAUACUCACUUUUCUAGUUAUCUUGAAAUACUUAGUUUAGGUACAUUCAAAGUGUUAGAUGGUACGGAAGCAGUAGCACCUACUGUAGCUCAUGGUCUAGGAACCUACCGUUGGCUUAAGGAAGAUGUAACACCUAAUCCUCUUUUGAUUUGUCGUAAUCCUCAAAGUGGUUUUGUUGAAGCAUCUGUAGUGAAUGCUAGUCAAUUGGUACAUGAUUUUCAAGUCAACCGGAAAGUUAUCUCUUACAUUAUUGCUGAGGAGCAGGUUCGUCAGUACCAAUAUAAAGUAGAGCUUAACAAUAUAUCUUGUUCUUUUGAAGUUCGUGAGACUGGCUGUAAAAGGAAUGAUAAUGUACUGCUAUUUCUUCAUGGUUUUCUUGGAACCAGUGAAGACUGGAUUAACAUCAUGAAGACCUUUUCUGGAUCAGCAAGAUGCAUUUCUGUUGACCUUCCUGGUCAUGGAAAAUCAAUGUUACAUGGUGAAAAGGGUGCCGGUGAGAAACUACGGUUGUCACUGGAGAUAAUUGCUGAUUUAUUGCUUAAAUUAAUUCAUCACAUAGCUCCAGCAAAAGUCACACUAGUUGGGUAUUCAAUGGGAGCAAGAAUUGCAUUGUAUAUGGCACUGAAAUUUGGCACAGCGACAAAGGGAGCUGUAUUAAUAUCUGGAAGCCCUGGAUUAAAAGAUAAAUUAUCGAGAAAAAUUCGUGCUGCUAAAGAUGAUUCUAGAGCACUCGCAGUCAUUACACAUGGUUUGCAACUUUUUGUCAGUUCCUGGUAUUCAGGAGAGCUGUGGAAAAGUUUAAGGAGUCAUCCUCAUUUCAACCGAAUCAUUGCUAGUCGCUUGCAUCAUGAUGACAUGCAGAGUCUUGCACAGAUGUUGUCUGGAUUAAGCUUAGGAAGACAACCGUCAUUGUGGGAAGAUUUGCCAAAUUGUAGGAUACCUCUUCUUAUCAUGCAUGGAGAAAAAGAUACGAAAUUUAGAAAAAUUGCUCAAGCAAUGAUGAAUGCAUUGUUCACUGGCUUGGGGAGUAAUCAUGAUAAAGGGAGUGACAUACAUGAGGUGGUUGAGGUUCCAAACUGUGGCCACGCUGCCCAUUUGGAGAAUCCUCUUCCUAUCAUUGCUGCCAUGAGACGAUUCGUGGCCAGGCUAUGAAAGUUGUAUUCUCAUUUUGGGGAUCAAAACAUGAUGCAAUAUCUUUUCAGAUGCAGUGUAUUAAUUACAGCAGCUAUAUGCAAAGUCAGACAUUAACUCCUACACAACUGGCUCAGAACUUUCUAGGUAGUUCUUUUAAAGUGUAAAGUUUAUUAGAGUAAAUGACCAAUUUGGUUAUUGAAAAUGGACCUCUCUAUCAUAUUAGUCGUUGAAAUUGAAGA